AUGACUUCAUCUUCUAGCAUAAAUAUGGAGAACUCUAUAUCUGGUAUGAUUGAGGAACAAAACGAGUACGUCGGCUAUAAUUUCGAUGACUCUGAAAUGGAGGAAAAUUUGCAGCACGAAGACGGCUGGAGCGAAAACGAGUUUGAUAUUGCGUACGAUGAAUUUGAUAAUGAUGAGAACCAUGGUAAACACAUAGACGAUCAAAAUGAUGAGAACCAUGAUGAACACACAGACAGUCUAAAUACUAGUGAGGCACAAUUUGACACGCAGCUUGAGUACGACUAUUACGGUGAAUCUGACUUGGACACGGGUCAUACUGAUGAUGUGGAAGGUGCAUCAGUUCCUGAGGAUUCUGUUGACAUGAGCCAGCAACGAGCAUUUUCUUUCUACAACAGAUAUGCUAAAGAUUAUGGGUUCAGCGUCCGGCUGGACCAGGUUAAGCGAGAAGGCAGACGUCCCAAAAAGCAACUGACCACGGAAGGCCGCGUAUAUAGGCUCAGACCUGAGUCUCGCUGCGGCUGCAAGGCACGUUUGGUGGUGAAGUUUGAUGGAAGAACUGGUUUCUGGGUUGUUGAAGAUUUUCGAGACAAACAUAACCAUGACCCAGCUGAACCAUGCUCCGGUUCAUUUGCCGGUGUUGGAUUCACAAGAAAAGAUUUGUACAACAUGUGCUCUAGGGAGAGGAGGAGGCUGCUUUUCGACGGUGACGCUACCACAGCCAUCCGCAUUAUGGCAAAGAGGAAAAAGAGGGACCCUGAAUUUUUCUAUGAAUAUGACGUUGAUGACAAAGGCCGUCUGAAGCACAUGUUCUGGUGUGAUUCCCAGUCACGUAGGGAUUACCAGGACUACGGAGAUGUGCUGGUGUUUGAUAGCACAUACAAGAUGAAUAAAUAUAAGAUGCCAUUUGUUCCUUUUGUGGGCUUGAACAACCACCGUAGGACAACGGUUUUUGGGUGUGCCAUCCUUUCAAGCGAGAAUGAACAAACAUAUGUUUGGCUUCUAAAGACCUUUCUCAAAGCGAUGUGUCAACAGAAGCCAAAGGCAGUAAUCACGGAUGCAGAUUAUGCGAUGAUCGGCGCAAUCGGCAAAGUAUUUUCUGGUGUGUCGCAUCGCAUCUGCAGCUUCCACAUUGAAAAAAAUAUGGAGAUGCAUCUACCUAACAAGUCACUGAACGAGUUCAAGACUCUUCUGUAUUACACCACCUCAGAGCAAGUAUUUGAGGAGCGAUGGCAUGCAUUUUACAGAAAAUGGCAAUCCCCAAAAACCAGAACAUGGAUGAAGAGGAUGUACAACAAGAGGAAACUUUGGGCUGCAGCGUAUCUCUCUGAAGGAUUCUGGCUGGGUAUGAAAAGUAACCAGCGGAGUGAAAGUUUAAACUCUUGUCUACACCUGCACCUAGAUGGGGAAAUGACAAUUGUUGAUAUGAUUAUGCACUACGACAACGCAAUUGUCCGUCUCCGUGAGAACGAAGCCCACGACGACUGCACGGCUUCACAGACUACACCAGUGCCAAUUACUAAUUUCGGGAGAACUAGAGGUUGCUGCUUGCAAAAAUCUUCACUCCUGCUGUGUUCUAUAUUAUUCAAGGAAUGUGCUGCAGCAGGAAGGGUAGUUCUUUCAUAG